CGAUACUCUAAUGCUCUGUUUGUUGCUCCCUCUCUCGCUCGAAGGAGAAGGGAGGAGGUGCGGCGAAACCCAAAGACCUCCGGACUUCCGACGUCCGAUCGUCUUCGUCUUGCUCAUACCUUCUGCUCAACGGUGAAGCCGAACUCUCAGGAAGCUCGAUAGGCAGUCGUUCCAUUUGGUGGAUUGAUUUUGAGCUUCAAGUACGGAACUCGCUCUCGCCAUUCUCCGCCGUACGAGGAGAUGGAUUUGGUGGCUAGCUGCGAGGAAAAACUGUCCUAUUUUCGGAUAAAAGAGCUCAAGGAUGUUCUGACUCAGAUAGGCCUUCCAAAGCAGGGAAAGAAGCAGGAUCUUAUGCAUCGUAUAUUAUCCAUGCUCUCUGACGAACAAGUGCGGAAGGUGCCACCAAAGCAAAAUGUUGUUGGAAAGGAAGAGGUGGCAAAACUAAUAGAUGAUAUUUACAGAAGAUCUUUCUCAGGGGCUACAGAUUUAGCAUCAAAAGUACAGGACUCCCCUGAUUGCAGUAAUUUGGAUAUUACUAGGGAAUUUGAUGACCCCUUCUGUGCUACUGAUAUAAAGGUCCGUUGCCCCUGUGGAAGUUCUCUGCAGACAGAUUCAAUGAUCAAGUGUGAAGAUCGCAAAUGUGUAGUUUGGCAACAUAUAGGUUGUGUCAUAAUCCCUCAAGAAGCCAUUGAAGGGAAUCUGCCUGUUCCUGAUGUCUUCUAUUGCGAAUUGUGCCGUCUUAGUCGGGCUGACCCCUUUUUGGUAUCAAAUUCUCAUCCUUUAUAUCCGGUGAAGAUGAUCACGAUCAAUAUUCCAACUGAUGGCACCAAUCCUGUGCAGAGUGUGGAGAAAGCAUUCCAAUUGACUAGGGCUGACAGAGAGUUGCUGAUGAAACAAGAGUAUGAUGUUCAGGCUUGGUGUAUGCUUCUGAAUGACAAGGUUCUUUUUAGGAUGCAGUGGCCACAGUAUGCAGAUCUUCAGGUCAAUGGUAUACCUGUUCGUGCAAUCAAUAGGCCUGGUUCGCAGCUGUUGGGGUCUAAUGGUCGGGAUGAUGGCCCAAUUAUUACACCAUGUACCAAAGAUGGAACUAACAAGAUUAGCUUGACUGGAUGUGAUGCUAGAAUCUUCUGUUUUGGGGUGAGAAUCGUGAAACGGCGAACUGUUCAACAGAUCUUCAAUUUGAUUCCUGAGGAAUCUAAGGGUGAACGAUUUGAGGAUGCUCUUGCUCGGGUCUGUCGUUGCAUCGGUGGAGGAGCUACCGCAGGAGCUGAUAGUGACAGUGAUUUGGAAGUUGUUGCGGAUUCUUUUGGUGUCAAUCUGCGAUGUCCUAUGAGUGGUUCAAGAAUUCAGGUUGCUGGAAGAUUUAAACCUUGUGCUCAUAUGGGAUGUUUUGACCUUGAUGUGUUUGUGCAAAUGAACCAGCGAUCUAGAAAGUGGCAGUGUCCUAUAUGUAUGCAGAAUUACUCGUUGGAGAAUCUGAUUGUUGACCCGUACUUCAAUCGCGUGGCAUCAAUGAUGAAAACUUGCGGGGAAGAUGUCACCGAUAUUGAGGUGAAGUCUGAUGGUUCUUGGCGUGUGAAGGCUAAAAAUGAGAGCGAGAGGAACAGUUUAGGCAGUCUUUGUAAUUGGCACUUCCCUGAUGGUACUCUCUGCAAGACUACUCAUGAAGAUGAGCCAGAGGCAGGAGCAAUGAAUGAGAUCAAAUGGGUGAAUAAUACUGGAUUUUCAGGAGUUAUGAAAGCUGAUGACAUGAAUAAGUCUUCUGGUAAUGGGUUACGAGAAAUUUUUGGAGAUGUUGAGCCUAAAAUUAUUGCCAUGAGUAGUAGUAGUAUCUCGGGAAAUAGUUGGGAUGGUGAAGGGCAUUGUGUCGAUCAGGAUGGCGGUAGGAAUUUUAAUUUCUCCACCAUUAAUGGGAUCGAGCUUGAUUCUAUGCCUUCUAAUAUGGUGUCGGCUUAUGGGCAUCUGGAGCAAAAUCCUUCGGCAGGCUCGGAAGUAAUAGUUUUAAGCGAUUCUGACGAAGACAAUGAUAUCUUGGUAUCUUCUGUCCCCGGCCACACAGUCAAUCGAACUGAGCCUGGUGAGAUUAGUUUUACUGUGCCUCAUCCUGCAAUUGCGGAUUCCUAUGAAGAUCGUGCUUUUGGGACUAGCACAGGCUCUGGUUAUGAUCUGCCCAAUAAUGAUAUUGAUGAAUUUGGGGGAGUGCCUACUUGGUCACUUCCUUCAGGGUCUCAAGAUGGCACUGGUUUUCAAUUGUUCUGUUCAGAGAAUGACGUCUCCAAUAGCCUAUUUGAGCUGCAACAUGAUUGUGCUGACGACUUUCCUCCAUCCACAACAAAUGGCUACACUCCAGAAUCACAAGCUGUUGUGGAAGCAGCUACCCUUGUUCCACAGGCAGCUUCAGUCGGUCAUUUGGAUGAUGACAUGAAUUAUGGGUUGGUUCACAAUCCCUUGGCAAAUGGGAGGGACGACCCGUCCCUCCAGCUUUUUGUUCCCAUAAGACCUUCAGGACCAUCAACCGAACUUGAUAUGGGGGAGCAAAGGGAAACAUCUGAUGGGAUGCGUUCAGGGGACUGGAUUUCUCUACGGCUUGGGGAGUGUGCCCCUGCGAAUGGAGGAGGCACGACGCAGCAACUUGCGUCCAAAGAAGACACUACCACAGGCUCUCAGCUUCCUGGUAUUGAGGACAACCGGAGAUUGGAGAAGGCAGUGAGGGAGACACCAGGCAGCCCCUUCUCAUUUCCACGGCAAAAACGUUCUGUAAGGCCGCGGUGUACACCCGACUCAGGUCCUCAUUAGACCAUCGACAAUUCAAUCUCCAUUGGGUUAAUUCUUCUUUCUUUUGACGGUUUUGAAGUUGCAGAUCCUCCUAGCAGAAAUUAGGUGAUUUUGGUGGCGAUAGGUUAGCGGGGUAAGUAGGUUAGCACAUGAGUUUGGCUCCAACUCGUAAAAUUGGAUUUUGAUAUAUAAUGUUAAUUAUAAAAAUACAUAUAAUCGGGGCAAAUUACCUUUACCCGCAAGCAAUAGAUGCAGGGCAAAUUUUGGGUGCAUCUACCCCGUCAA